ACCCGCGUGUGGCGCAGGCAAGGACCCUGAAAAUAAACAGCCGCUGCUUUGCGAGUCGCCUUCCUGGGCCUGCGUCCGAGUCUCCACCGCUGUGGGCAGCUCAGACGCCGAAGCUCUAACUGCAGCUAUGAGCAGCAACGAAUGCUUCAAGUGUGGACGAUCUGGCCACUGGGCCAGGGAAUGCCCUACUGGUGGAGGUCGGGGUCGUGGAAUGAGAAGGCGCGGCAGAGGUGGUUUUACCUCGGAUAGAGGGUUCCAGUUUGUUUCCUCUUCUCUUCCUCAUAUCUGUUACCGCUGUGGUGAGUCUGGUCAUCUUGCCAAGGAUUGUGAUCUUCAGGAGGAUGAAGCCUGCUAUAACUGCGGUAGAGGUGGCCACAUUGCCAAGGACUGCAAGGAGCCCAAGAGAGAGCGAGAGCAAUGCUGCUACAACUGUGGCAAGCCAGGCCAUCUGGCUCGUGACUGUGACCACGCGGAUGAGCAGAAGUGCUAUUCUUGUGGUGAAUUUGGACAUAUUCAAAAAGACUGCACCAAGGUGAAGUGCUAUAGGUGUGGUGAAACUGGUCAUGUAGCCAUCAAUUGCAGCAAGACAAGUGAAGUCAACUGUUACCGCUGUGGCGAGUCAGGGCAUCUUGCACGGGAAUGCACAAUUGAGGCUACAGCCUAAUUAUUUUCCUUUGUCGCCCCUCCUUUUUCUGAUUGAUGGUUGUAUUAUUUUCUCUGAAUCCUCUUCACUGGCCAAAGGUUGGCAGAUAGAGGCUGUUCCCAGGCCAGUGAGCUUUACUUGCAGUGUAAAAGGAGGAAAGGGGUGGAAAAAAACCGAAUUUCUGCAUUUAACUACAAAAAAAAGUUUAUGUUUAGUUUGGUAGAGGUGUUAUGUAUAAUGCUUUGUUAAAGAACCCCCUUUCCGUGCCACUGGUGAAUAGGGAUUAAUGAAUGGGAAGAGUUCAGUCAGACCAAUAAGCCCUUUGGGUUUGAGUGUGUUCCCAUGUAGGAGGUAAAACCAAUUCUGGAAGCAUCUGGGCUUCCAUAAAUAACAUUAAUUUUUAGCAUAAUGACGGCCUUGGAUUGUCUGACCUCAGUAGCUAUUAAAUAACAUCAAGUAACAUCUGUAUCAGGCCCUCAUAGAACAUACAGUUGAGUGGGAGUAAACUGAAAAGACAAAUGUGUUGCUGGCUAUGCCAGAGAAAUCGGGAUAAAAGCCUAACACAGGAGCAGCUUCAUCCCAUACAGAUGGUGAUGGCAAAGGUGUAGAACACAUUUUUUUCAAAGACUAAAUCUAAAACCCAGAGUAAACAUCGCUCAGAGUUAGCAUAAUUUGGAGCUAUUCAGGAAUUGCAGAGAAAUGCAUUUUCACAGAAAUCAAGAUGUUAUUUUUGUAUACUAUAUCACUUAGAAAACUGUUUCAUUUGCUGUAAUCAGUUUUUAAAAGUCAGAUGGAAAAAGCAACUGAAGUCCUAGAAAAUAGAAAAUGUAAUUUUAAACUAUUCCAAUAAAGCUGGAGGAGGAAGGGGAGUUUGACUAAAGUUCCUUUUUGUUUGUUUUGAAUUUUCAUCAAUGUAUAUAGAACAAAAUGCCAUAUUAAAGAGGGGAAUGCAGAGGACUGAAA